AUGCUGCCGCGCGCCCUCCUCCCCCUUCGCCGAACCCUCUUCGCCCGCCCAGCGCUCCGAACAAGCCUCCGCAUCCGCUCAAGACACAUCCACACGCCGACAUGUAGCUGUCUACGCCCAAGCCUUCAAACCCUCCGAACCUACGCGCAAGAAAACACACGGACAAGCGAUCUGGUGUCGCGCUUCAGCGGCUUAAGUGUAAAUGGGCCCCGACAGCAAACGCGCGGCAUGAAGGUGCGCAGCUCGGUGAAGAAAUUAUGCGACGGGUGCAAGAGCGUCAGGAGAAAGAAGGGCCGAUAUGUGUAUAUUAUCUGUAGUAAGAAUCCGAAGCAUAAGCAGAGGCAAGGAUAGGAUGAUUGCGGUGAGAGGUUGAGGAAGUCUGAGAGGGAUGUCAGGCAUGAGAUGGAAGUGCAGUGUAGAGCAAGAUCAGUAGGAUGAUCUGUAUCAUAUGUAUGCAUACCGAGCAUCUAGGGCGUUGGAAGGACUCUUUAUAAUGAAAUGUUAGAUUCUCAGCUACACCACGAUAUUUCGAAGCCAUGGGGAAGAGUUCGAGAAGUAUAGAUUCUGUGGUCGUUUCG